AUGGCGUCCUUUGCAAGCAGCUUGCGGCAUAUUAAAUGCCACAGGCAGCUUACAAAGGGCUCGUGGCAGACUCAGCUUGCUCUGCGGUCACGACCUGCGUCAAAAGUCGACAUCCGUCAACUGAGCACCACCGAGAUACCCUCACCCCCGACCGAUCCAGUCUCUCAGAUCGCCAUUCCCUUUCAGAACGUCAGUCAUGCGCGACAAGUGCCCAAAUCGCCGUCCUACUUCUCUCGAGAACCUCGCUUCAACGAUCUUCACCUAAAGCUGUUCAACCUCCUAUCAAAGUACAAUGACCUACCCACAUUGAAGUCUGCCGAUGCACCACAAAUACCAUGGCUCAAGCUGGAGCUUGUGCGUCACCAGCUGGGCGAGGAGAUCAAGGCGUCCCAUUUCUCUCAGGUCAUGAGGAUCGCCAGGCGAUUGAACCUGAUUGAGCCGAGCGUGCGACCUCCCGCAAUCGACAUCGCGCUUCGUUUCCUCAGUCGGUCUGUCGACUCAGUCACCACGUUCCGAAAAGUCAAGCAACUCGACAAGCAUGGACGAGCAGUGGGCGUGGGUAAGAGGAAGGCUUCGACGGCACGAGCUUUUGUGGUGGAGGGAACGGGCGAGGUUUUCAUCAACGGCAAGCCCCUGAAUGAAGCCUUUGGUCGCAUUCACGACCGUGAGAGCGCCAUCUGGGCACUGACUUCGACUCAACGGAUGGACAAGUAUAAUGUCUGGGCCAUUGUGAGGGGUGGUGGAACAACUGGCCAGGCUGAGGCCAUGACCAUGGCCGUUGCAGAUGGACUGGUGGCCCACGAGCCCGCUUUGAAAACGGCUCUCCGCGCUGCCGGUUGCAUAACACGCGAUCCCAGGACAGUGGAGAGAAAGAAGCAUGGUCAACUCAAGGCUCGCAAGGGACCUGCUUGGGUCAAGCGUUAA